GUGAAUUUGGGGGGAACGGAGAUGGGUUUCAUAAUGGAAUUCGCGGAGAAUUUGGUGCUAAGGUUAAUGGAGGAUCCAGAGGUGAGAGACAGGAAAGCGAGGGAGCACAUAUACGAGAUGCACGAGAGGUGCAAGAAGAUCAAGGAGAUGUGGGCAUUACCUAUUCGUCCUUAUGGUUUCUGGACAUUUGAGCGACACAACGCUCAGCUUCGUUGGGAUCCUCAGAUUAGUCAGGUGGCUGGUCGGAGAGAUCCUUAUGAUGAUCUCCUUGAGGACCACUCUUCAUCUUCAAAAUAAUCAAAACAGUGAACGAAGAUGUGGAGUGAUGCUGUCUGGAUGGAUGCAUAUGUCUGCACUCAAGCUAUUUUCCCGGAAUUGUAUUCCCUUUGUUUCUAUUUGUAAUUCAGGUUUAUGGAAGCUUGCUUGAACAAACUCAAAUAAUAUCGAAUGAGAGAAAUACUCAUUGGUUCUUAGUAAAGUUGUUUUGUUUUUCCAUCAUAUGGAUACACUUGAUGAAAUGUGAUAAAUUUUUCGUGUUUCCUA